AUGGAGGAAGAUACCUGGUUGAGUCUUAUAGGACUUAGGAGCCCACUUCGAGGCUUUAUUCCAAAAAAAUGCGGAUAUUUCCGAAGAUUGGGGGUGAUCAGUGGCGGAUCCAUUGAAGAACCACCAUUUCAUCGGUCAGCUCGUUACUGGGACUCUGUCAUAGUUCCGUUGCGCAGGCUCAGACAACGCCUGCCAUUGGUCGGAGUACUCUUAUCUCCAUCCAUCUCGAGGAACAAUCUCGCAUAUUACAUCCAGCCUCCGCGACAGCAGGGAUAUAAUUUGGUUGGCAAGACGGUCAUUCCCUCCUAGCGUCUGUUGCGACUCAUCCGAUUCGAUGGUCUGCUGAAGUGUUCAUAUUGUUCAUUUGGGUACGCCAUUCUAGCGCAGAGCAAUGACGUGGAGUCGUGUCGAACUCAAGUGUUCCACAUGACUGCACGCGCCAGGACCAAGUUGCUGUUGCUUCGGCUUGCUUGUGCCCAUUCCAUUCCUUUUGACCGGCCGACUCGGCGUGGCUCAAAUCGCGCUCAUCGAUCAGCUGGUCGCGUCGACGUCGACGUCGACGUUCAAGCAGUCUACCCGAGUCCGGCACCGCGUGGCGCAAACAUGUCGGCGCCGUUUAGGCUGGCUCACGUCGAGGCCUACUCGGUGGUGGUCGUGUUGGCCGCCUUCAUGAUCUCCUUUCUCAUCGACGGCACUCAAUACGGCUACGGCAUCAUGGCGUCGUACUGGAUGCAAGAUCUGAACUCGCCCCGCUUCCAGUUGGACUGGAUCGGAUCCCUUCAGGUGGGGAUCGGCUACUGUUUGGGCCCAGUCACGAGCAUCCUGGCGCGCAGAUUCGGCUUCAAGGCCGUCACCAUGGCCGGAGGCCUCAUCUCCUCGGCCGCCCUGUUCGUCUGCUUCGUGAAAGCCAAUAUACCCAUUCUUUUCGUGUUCUACGGAGCCCUGACUGGUUAG